AAAAUGAGCGGUCGCGGAAAAGGUGGUAAAGGACUCGGUAAAGGAGGCGCUAAGCGACACCGUAAAGUGCUCCGUGAUAAUAUCCAGGGAAUCACCAAACCGGCUAUCCGCCGUUUGGCUCGUCGCGGCGGCGUGAAGCGGAUCUCCGGUCUGAUCUACGAGGAGACCCGCGGCGUGCUGAAGGUCUUCCUGGAGAACGUGAUCCGUGAUGCCGUCACCUACACCGAGCACGCUAAGAGGAAGACUGUGACCGCCAUGGAUGUGGUGUACGCCCUGAAGAGGCAGGGCCGAACCCUGUACGGCUUCGGCGGCUAAAACCCGAACAACAACACAAAGGCUCUUUUAAGAGCCAACAAUCUGCACCAUAAAGAGCUGAUUUGUUUUAACGAAACUACAAUGAAUAUGGGAACUACGUAUUUAAAAAUAUUUCAUAAGAACUAC